UCCAUAAAACGGGUUCCAAGACGAACUGGGAAUAAGACUAGGAUUUUCACCUCUUUCUUUUCUUCUUACUCGUUCUCAUCAGAUCACAAAAUUCGUAUUUUCACCUAGCAAUCUUAAUUACCAUGAACAAUACUACUACUUUGCGUUCUCAAAACCAUGAUUCUUAUCAUCAACAACGAAGAAUCCCUAAAUCGAAAGGUAGAAGAAACCCUAAAAUCGAUUCGGAAGAAGAAUUUUCGUUGUCAGAUAAUGAUGUAAUUGGAGAAGCAGCUUUAAGUUGGUUACAUUAUUAUUUUAAAGAUGAUGGAGCUGUUGUUCAUCUGUGUUCUAGACUACCUGGAGGUCAUCUUCAGCCUACCUCUAAUCGAAACCCUAACCAUCAACAUCGACCUUCCCCAUUACAGGAGAGGGAAGGCAAGGAAAAUAUGAAUACUGUUACAACUGCUAUGCGUCAAAGUCUCCGAGUAGCCGCCAAUGGCGCAAUUAAAACCACUGACAAAAGAUACUGUGCUACUCUUGAACAGGCUAUUGAUGCAAGAACCCGUAUAGUGUUGUUGAGAAUGCUGAAUUGUGCUGUCAUUGAUGACAUUAAUGGCUGCAUUGCUACUGGGAAACAAGCCAAUGUUUAUCAUGCGACAAAACAUGAUGGUCAAGAAUUUGCAGUAAAGAUCUAUAAAACUUCAGUUAUAGGAUCCAAGGACAGGGAUCGUUAUACACAAGUGGAUUAUCGUUUUAGGCAUCGUUACCGCAAGCACAAUCCCUGGAAAGUGGCUAAGACUAGGGCUGAAAAAGAAAUGAGUAACCUUAUGAGGCUAAAGGCAGCAGGGAUCAGGUGUCCAACUCCAAUACAUUUGAAGCUUCAUGUGUUGGUUAUGGAAUUCAUAGGAAAAUCAGGGUGGGCUGCUCCUCGUCUCAAGGAUGCAAAUCUGUCUCAAGACAAGAUGCGUGAUUGCUAUGUACAGGUUAUUUUGGUGAUGCGGAAUUUAUACCAAAAGUGCAAACUGGUGCAUGGAGACUUGAGCGAGUAUAAUAUACUCUACCACGAGGGUAACUUGCACAUUAUUAAUGUUUCCCAAUCUGUGGACCUUGACCAUCCUCUUGCGUCAGACAUCUUACGUCAGGAUUGCAUUCGUGUUUCUGAUUUUUUCUGGAUGAAUGGCGUGGGAGUUAUGACCAUGUGGGAACUGUUCGAUUUCAUAGUAGAUUCAUCUAUUACUGAUGAAUCUGUGGGAUGUUAUUUAGAAAAGAUGCAACAGAAGAUUUUGUUUAGGGAUAGUUUGACGUAUGUGGACGAUAGGAAGAUGUUCAGAACGCUUGCUCAACAGAAGGACGCCGAGGAGGAUGUUGACAUGAUCAUGGAUUACCAGGAUGCCAUGGAUUUGACAAUUAUAAUUCCAGAAUUCGAGGAAUCUCUUUUGCCAGGUCAAGAGCAGUUGCGGCUACUAAUGCAGCCAAAUAAAUGGAACAUAAAUAAUAUCUUUGAACGAACAGACAUCUCAACCAGCAGUGGAACAGAUGAAAAUGGCGAUUCUAGUGAUACACAGGAAACACUCCCUGCAGAUAAAAAAGCAGCUCUAAAAGAGAACAAGAGAGACCGUGCUUGUGUUGAACAGGCCAUUGACAUUGAUUCAAGAACUCGUAUGGUGUUGUUCAAAAUGAUGAAUGAAAAAAUAUUUGAUGAGAUUAAUGGCUGCAUUUCUGCUGGGAAACAAGUCAAUGUCUAUCUUGUGUCAAAACGUGAUGGUCAAGAAUUUGCAGUAAAGGUCUAUAAAACUUCAGGAUUCAAGGGUUUUAAGCAGGGUGACUGCAAGCAGAAUCGCAGAAAAAUGGUGAAGACUAAGGCAGAAAAAGAAAUGAGGAACCUUGUGAGGCUAAAGGAAGCAGGGAUCAAGUGUCCAACUCCAAUACUUUUAACGCUUCCUGUUUUGGUUAUGGAAUUCAUAGGAAAAUCAGGGUCAGCUGCUCCUCGUCUCAAGGAUGCAAAUCUAUCUGAAGACAAGAUGCGUGAAUGUUAUGUACAGAUUAUUAUGGUGAUGCGAAAUUUAUACCAAAAGUGCAAUCUGGUGCAUGGAAACUUGAGCGAAUAUAAUAUACUCUAUUACGAGGAUAACUUGCACAUUAUUGAUGUUUCCCAAUCUGUGGACCUUGACCACCCUCUUGCGUCAGACAUCUUACGUGAGGAUUGCAUUCGUGUUUCUGAUUUUUUCAGGAUGAAUGGCGUGGGAUGUAUGACCGUUUGUGAACUACUCGAAUUCAUAGUAGAUUCAUCUAUUACUGAUGAAUCUGUGGAAUGUUAUUUAAAAGAGAUGCAACAGAAAAUUUUGGCUAUGGGAAAUGUGUUCCCCGUGGUUGAUAAUACUGCAGAUUGUAUUUCUGGGAAGGGCGCCGUGGAGGAUGUCAACGGGAUUCCAAGUGGCCAGGACAUCAGAUGUUUGACAUAUCCAAAACAGCCCAAGGAAUCAGACAUAAAUGGUACCUUUGCUGAACAGACCAACAAGUUUGGAGCCAUAUCUGGGCCAGAUGAGGAGCAGCAGGAGGCACCCCCCACGGACAAAAAAGCAGCUCGAAAAGAGAACAAGAAGAAAGUCAAAGAAGAGGAGGAGGCUGGCAAGAGUACACAUGGGACACUCCCUGCAGACAAGAAAGCUGCUCGAAAAGAUCACAAAAAGAAAGUCAAAGAAGAGAGGAGAGAGGCUCGCAAGAGUUUAACUUUACAAGAUGUGAUGCGAAGAAGGUAAUAUUAGGAUUAGCAUAGACGGAGCUGUGUGCUUCUCCUGGAUUCAGGGCCUUAGAAUUUGACAUCUUUUCUUGAAGUAUUGACAUUGUUUUGUUUGUAAAAGAAAAGCAACAGCAUGUUGAUAUCUAUUGUGGUAGAGAAGGAAUGUCAAAGACAAGUAUUCAAGAAUCUACUCAUGGAGUAUUUGCCACUAAAUUUCUGUACAACAUUGGCUCUAGACAGAUCAGUUUCUCGAGUGGAGGAAAAUGUUGCAUCUAAAAUUAGGGAAAUAACAGUAUCUUGUGCCUGUUGGCUGUAAAUAAUACUUACCAUCACUUUUCCA